AUGUCAAACCCAGGCGCGUCCAGUUAUCGCAGUCGCGUUUCCCGGCGGAGGGAACCGCGCAAUAUCCCGCUCGAGGCGGAAGUACUUCUCAAUAAGUUUAUCUGGGGUAAAGCCACCCUGCCAAACCGCCUGAUGGAGUUCCCCAUCCCGCUUGAUUGCGCAUGGGCGGAUAGUCCAAGUCAACAUAACCCUCAACCCUCGCGGUUCGAUGCGCCGCAACAGCCUCAAAAAUCAAACGCGACAUCGGACCCCAAUUCCUUUUCCCGGGCUACUCCUUCUCAAUCGUCCACGCCGGACUCUCGCUCACGCGCCCUGAAACCUAUUUCGAAAAACACAACCAACACACCUCCCCAACCCCAACCGCAAUUGCUGUCAAAGAGCCCUGUAGCAUCUAGCAAAUAUGAAAAAGACUCUCUUCGAAAGGUUGUGGCCGUCCACAAUGCAAGUCAGCAGCACCAGGGAACAAACACACCGCGGCAGGCGACUUCGGCACAGCGAUCACAUAAUACGACCUCCCCUCGACUGCGCAUAGAAUCUGCCUCUUCACGCACACCGGGCGUUCAAGAUGUAAACUGUCGUCGUUCGAGGCGGUCACGACCGCUUCCCGGGACCUAUAACGUGCGUGCGCUUGCAAGUGAGGCGUUCGGCCCAGAGCGGGAGGACCCCAAAGACGAUGAUCGCGCAAUUCUCAAACCCAACAGCACCAACUUUUCGCCUGCGAUCUCGCUGGCCGUCACUCCGCAGGCUUCUCAACUUGUUCAAACCCCACUGGCACGCAAGCGCCCAGACCUUGGGAAAUUUAUCUUGGGUCGGCAAUGCGGGCGCUCUAGGGUCAUGCAUGAUGACCCUAUCUAUUCCCAAUUGUCCUCAGAACUCGUGCCGUGGCGACAGUGGAAGGGAGCAUCCAAUGACGUGGUCAGCCUAGCAUGGUCACCAGAUGGCUCUCAGUUUGCUGCAGGGGCCGUGGCUCCGACCGACGAAUACAACCGCGGAAAUAAUCUGGUGUUAGGAAAUUUGAUCCGAAAUUCGCUACAUGAGCUUUCUGAUCACUGGAAGCCGCGUCCAAACCCCAGGAAUACGCUCGAUCCGCGACUAUUCACAACUGUGUCUACGACGCAGUGGGUGGGUGACCGGCUUUUUACUGGGAGUUUUGACCACACAGUUAAAAUCUGGGACGUUUUGCAAGAAACAUCCAUGUCUUGUGUGCAGACCCUCAUGCAUACAUCUCAGGUCGAGGUCAUGGCAAACUCGGCACACAUGCCUGGUCGCCUGGUAACUGGGACACAUGACGGCUUUCGCUUGUGGACUCUAGGCUCAGACCCAUCCUCUAUCUCCCUUGACCUUUCCCGUGGCCCCAUGCAGAAAAAUGUCCCGUUGGUCCCGACCAGCCUUGCAUGGGGACAAACCCCCGAAACAAAGAAUUUCAUCAUUGGCGGCAUGGCGCAGAAUGAGGACGCGAACAACCUCGACAUCGUUCGCUCCGGUCACUUGGAAUUAUGGAGAAUGGAAGAGGCAUCCGUGACUUCCAAAAAGCUCAUGCCAUGCUCACAGAAUAUCUUUGACAUCAAGUGGCAUCCCUCGAUGCCGAAAUUUGCGACAGCGAGCCCACUGACCACCAAUCCAAAGGAACACCCCGUUGGUACACGAUCGCUAGUUCACAUCUACACAUAUCAAUCGUGGGCGGACAAAGUGAUUACCACCGACGCUCUUCCCUGUCCGGCUUUAGAUAUCAACGAGAUCACUUUCCCUCCGUUCGGUGACACCUAUGUGACCGCAAGCUGUACGGAUGGAAGCACAUACGUGUGGGAUAUUCGCAUGCGCCAAAUCAUUCACAGGCUACAACAUGGCGAACCCCUCAGCCCGAUUAGCCAUGAGUACACCCGAGAGGCGGUUGAUGUUGGCGUUCGCACGGCGGUCUGGGGGGCAUCAAUUGACCAGUUCUACACUGGGGCUUCUGAUGGGGUUCUCAAACAGUGGGAUAUCCGGCGGUCCCCCGAAGAUGUCUUGCUGGCCAACACGGCUAGCUUGGGCGACGGAAUUAUGAGCUCUGCCUUCUCCCCUGACAAGGGCCAUCUCCUCCUCGGCGAUAGUGGAGGAGGCAUUCACGUACUGUCGUCUGGACCUACCUCGGAUCCCGAGCCCGGCACUUUUCGAGUUUUCUUUGAGCACAGCUUGCCUGAGCCGGAGUCCGAGGUGACUGCGAUAUCGGCUGCAAAUGAGCUCGUAUCCUCGGGUCAACUCACCAUGCACCCGACUUUCGGACCGGUGCAAGGCCCCCAGUACUCUGGACCUGUUGCGCGCUGGGCACGAAAACUAUCUUUGGACGCGAAUGCAUCGACCGAACAAAUAUUGAAAAUGCCUCUUUUGGAAGAGAUCCAAUUAUGUCAGUUCGAAGGGCCUCGACCGGAAGAUCGAGUUGGGCUGGACCAGCGCUCCAGGGAUGAGCUUCGGAAACUGGUCAACAUCGCCAUGGCUCGGAACAAACCAGGCAAUUCCUCUUUGGGUCAUGCACGGCAAUCAACAGGUCAUGGGAAUCUGACUUCGCAAAAGCGCAAACGAGACGCCUCGCCUAUCUGCGUUAGUAGUGAUGAUGCAGAAGAUCGCACUCGUACCCAUGGCCCCAUGAAAAAGAAGAAGAAGAAGAGGGCCAAGGCCAGGAAGGUAAUGCUGGCGAAGCAAGAGCACGAACCUACAGUGAACAAUCCAGACAAGCAGGUUGAAAUUAUCGACCUUACUUUGGAAGAUGAUGAAGAUCAUACGAUACCCCUGGGUUUAUCUGCUACCGAUCCGCAGCCAGCUUCCUUAGUAGACGGCCUCAUCGGCGCAUGCAUGAUGGAUGAAUCCACUGAAAGCAUAGCAAAUGUCCCUAAUGAAUCGCUGGACGAAGCGGUCGAUGAAAGUCUCGAAGAUGACCACUGGUGGCCGGAUAGUGGGCAAGUGGACGCCAAUAUUCCCACUGGGGAGAACUGA